AUGCCACCAAUUCGUAAUAUUUCGGCCGAAAAAAAUGUCGAACAAGAGGGCAAGGUUUUAUUAGCCUUACAGGCUAUUCAAAAGGGCCAAAUCAAGUCUCUUCGCGCAGCGGCCAGGCUAUUUAGCGUGCCUGAGUCCACACUACGCAGUCGCGCGCACGGCAUUCAAUCUCGCGUCGAUACACGCCCAAAUGGCCAUAAAUUGACCCAGUUGGAAGAGGAUCCGCUUAUUGAAUGGAUUAUCUCUAUGGACUCCCGUGGAGCGGCGCCUAGGCCAGCUACUCUGCGCGUGGUAGCCACCCCCCCACCAACAGUUAGCAAGAAUUGGCCAUCAACCUUUAUAAAUCGACGCGAAGAGAUUCGAACACGCGUCUCUAGGCAAUAUGACUACCAACGUGCUCUAAACGAAGACCCUAAAUCAAUCCAAGCAUGGUUUACAACUGUACAACAAGUUAUCGAUAAGAAUGGGAUCCAACCUGAGGAUAUUUACAACUUGGAUGAGACAGGCUUUGCGAUGGGCCUUAUUUCAACACAGACGGUUGUAACACGGCAAGAAUACUACGGUCGGCGAGCUAUUGUACAGCCUGGGAACCGUGAAUGGGUGACGGCAAUUGAAGCUAUCUGUGUAGAUGGUUAUUCAUUACCACCAUGUGUGAUUUUUAAGGGAAAGGUUGCUAUUGCUAGUUGGUUCGAUAACCUACCAAAAGACUGGCGGUUUGAGGUCUCAGCUAAUGGUUGGACUACCGAUGAUAUUGGCCUACGUUGGCUUGAGAAGCUAUUCAUCCCAUCAACAAAUUCACGUGUCCGUGGCCGUUUUCGGCUAUUGAUUCUUGAUGGCCAUGGAAGCCAUCUCACACCUCAAUUUGAUCGAAUCUGCUCAGAGAAUAACAUUAUACCUCUCUGCAUGCCACUGCAUUCUUCACAUCUUCUACAGCCACUGGAUGUUGGCUGUUUUUCUGUGUUGAAAAUUACCUAUGGUCGCUUUAUAAGUGACCUUGCACGUACAGGCUAUAACCAUAUUGAUAAGCUUGAUUUCUUAGCUGAUUUUCAACGUGCCCGGCUUGAAGCUUUUAAACCAGCUACUAUCCAGAAUAGCUUUAUAGCUACAGGACUAGUACCAAUUGAUGCUGAAAAAGUUCUUUCUAAAUUGAAUAUUUCGCUACGAACACCUACACCACCAGGCACUCAACCAGGCAGCCGAAGCAGUCAAUUUUCACCUAAGACACCUAGAACUGUGGUCCAGCUUCAAAAGCAAGCUUCAAUGCUUAAAGAUCUUCUAAGACAGCGAUCAAACAGCCCUCUAAGCCCAUCGAAAUUGAUGCUAGAUCAAAUCAUCAAGGGACACUGUAUAUCGCUACACAACACUGCGCUACUAGCACAAGAAAACGCCAAUUUACGUGCAGUGAACGAGAAGAAACGACAGAAGCGCAGUCGGUCAACUAGGCAGGUGCCAUGUGAACAGGGCUUGACUGUUGAAGAAGGCCUGCAGCUACUCACGCAGCUAGAAUUGCCAGUAGAAGCACCUGCGGUCGAACCACACACCCAGGUUGAAUUGCCUAUUCAGCCGAAUCAGCCAGCCCCCAGGGCUCAGCCUAGGUGUAGUGGAUGUCGAGAGGCUGGCCAUCGGAUCAAUGUAUAUCAUUGCAGACGUGCCAAAUUGGCUCCUCCUGUCUUCAAUAUUGUCUCCGAUCGGCGAGGUACCUACCCCAUUUCCGUUUUUCUCCCUGCUUACACCUUCCUUUUGCCACCAUUUGUCAUAUCUCUUCAUAAUCCUUUCAUUACUCCCUUGUAUCUUCUGUUCUACCCCUCCCAUGGCUGUCUGGGCUUCUUUUCUUCGGGCAUAUAUGCCUUGUCUAUCUCUACCAUCAUCGCGUGUCUCGGCAUUACAGGAGGUCGUACUGCCUGGUCGAGUACUGUCAGCGUUCAUGGCCGAAAUAUAGCGGCUCGAUACUGGUACGAUGGCCAGUACAUCAACAAUGCCAAAGAAGACGCCGCCGAAGUCGCCCUUCAGUUGCUGAACCAGCAGCCCCAGGCCUCCACCAUCUUUCCUGGGCAACUCUUCCCCCAGGCAGCAUCCGGCAUUGGUCGGGGUCCUGGUGGACGCUGA